UUGAAGAGGAAUAAAAACACCCUUGGAAACCAAAACUUGCCCCUCGUCGUGACUCGGAGCCGCAACAAAUGUUUCGGAUUUGUGUAGGGUACAUUGUGACAGCAAACGAGCAGGUGAUCGAGCAAGUGUCUGAUACAAGAGCAUUGCAUUCGUAUGGAGCGUGUUUGAAGUGAACAGCAGAGACGAAAGGAACAAGGCAAAGUGUUGUGAAAUAAAAUAUUACCUGUAAUACGCAUUUUGUUAUUUGCGGAUUGAAACCGCUAAUUAAACUGUGAAUUGAAACUAAUAGGUAGAGAACUCAACUCUCGCUUUUUAUAUAGCUGACGUGUCUUGCGCAUCCGUUCUGCGCAUACUGUCAUGGCGAUCUCCGUAUGAUAUUCCGGUCUGCGAUGGAGAUUAAAAAACAAACAAUAUUUGACAAUAACACACCAUCAAGGAUUGCAUCAUCGCAUCGAACGAUGUGUCGUCAAUUAUCAAUUUUACUGACUAAGUGUGUUGGGCAGGAUGGCCGAAUGUGAUGCGCGAUUGACAACAAACAAGAAGGUGAUUUCAAGUUUUAUUUCGAGGGAGAUUUUCUUCAAAAAUUGUUGUACCCAUGCAUAAUACGCACCCAAGAUUUUAGGACAAUAAAUUAGUUAAAUUUUGCGUAUUAUACAUGUAAAAAAACUGUAACUCUUAAUCAUGUCUCCAAGGAAAGCAAGUGGGAGCAGUAAAGCCAUCGUAAAACACAAAGACGCCCUCCACUCGGCCCUCACCCACCUGGAGAGAAGGGACUCGUAUGUCAGAUUGCUGUUUGUGGACUUCAGUUCUGGCUACUGGACUUCCUCUGUCAGAGGCCACAGCGACAACCGUAUAGUGAAGUUUGCUGACAACACGACUCUGGUGGGUCUCAUCACCAAGGGAGACGAGACUCAAUACAGGCUGGAGGUUGACCUUCUGACCACGUGGUGCAGGGACAACAACCUCCUGCUGAACGUCGACAAGACCAAGGAGAUUGUUGUUGACUUCCGGAAGGGUCACACCCAACACCUGCCUCUGACCAUCGACGGUGCUGUGGUGGAGAGAGUGAGCAGCCCCAGGUUCCUGGGGGUGCACAUCAGUGAGGAUCUCUCCUGGUCCACCAACACCGCAUCAUUGGCGAAGAAGGCCCAGCGCCGCCUGUACUUCCUGCGGAAACUCAGGCGAGCGAGCGCUCCUCCGGCCGUCAUGACUACAAUUUACCGUGGCACCAUUGAGAGCGUCCUUUCCAGCUGUAUUGGUGUUUGGGGUGGCAGCUGCACUGACUACAACUUGAAGGCCCUGCAACGCAUAGCGAACACGGCUGGUAAGAUUAUUGGUGCUUCACUCCCCUCCUUGAAGGACAUUUACACCUCCCAUCUCACCCGCAAGGCGACCGCGAUUGUGAGUGAUGCGAGUCACCCCGCUCACUCUUUGUUCGAUCUUCUGCCCUCUGGGAAGAGGUACAGGAGCCUGCGCUCCCGCACCACCAGACUCACCAACAGCUUCAUACUCCAGGCUGUUAGGAUCAUGAACUCUCUCCCUUUUUCUGCAUAGUGUCCUGUACUUUUGCGCUAUGCUUACUGUCUGCUGUAUGCACACUUGCUCCGUUUUUUCCCUCCUCUUAUUUAUUGGGUUAUUUGUUUAUUUAUUCAUCACUCUUAUUAUUUAUUGUUUGUGCCUUCUUGUUUUUAUUUUGUGUCGUUUACUUGUAUGUCUAUCGUGUGCUGUGUCUCGUCACCGUGGGAUAGAGGAAACGUAAUUUCGGUUUCUUUGUGUGUCUUGACAUAUGAAGCGAUUGACAAUAAAGCAGGCUUUGACUUUUGAAAUGACAAUAAUAACACAUAGUGAAAGCCAAAUUGAGCAAAUUGGCUAUUUCAGAAGUGUGUAUCAAACUGGUAGCCCUUUGCCUUAAUCAGUACCUAGGAAGUAGCUCUCGGUUUAAGAAAGGUUGGUGACCCCUGAUUUAGAAGCAUUAGGUUUGAGACUAACUGCUGACAUUUAAUCUUUUAGUUUCGAAUAAAAGUGAUUUUCUAUUUGAACCUUUUUUUCUUUAACUUCUAUUAUCCUAAAUCAUUAACUUUCAUUUAAGGGAUUGUUGAGACGCAUUAGGUUUGAGACUAAUUGCUGACAUUUAAUCUUUUAAUUUCGAAUAAAAGUGAUUUUCUAUUUAACCUUUUUUCUUUAAUUUCUAUUAUCUUAAAUCAUUGAAUUUCGAUUGGGGGAUUGUUUUGAAGCAUUAGGCUCAAGACUAACUGCUGACAUUUAAUCUUUUAAUUUCGAAUAAAAGUGAUUUUCUAUUUAAACCUUUUUUUCGUUAACUUCUAUUAUCUUGAAGCAUUCAAUUUCGAUUAGGGGAUUGUUUAAAAGUAUUAUGCUCAAGACUAACUGCUGACAUUUAAUCUUUUAAUUUCGAAUAACAGUGACUUUCUAUUUAACCUUUUUUCUUUCAUUUCUAUUAUCCUAAAUCAUUAAAUUUCGAUUAAAGGAUUGUUUAGAAGCAUUAGGUUUGAGACUAACUGCUGACAUCUAAUCUUUUGAUUUCGAUUGACAGUGAUUUUCUAUUUAAUCUUUUUUCUUCAAUUUCUAGGAUCCUAAAUCAUAUAAUUUCAAUUUUAUGAGUGACGACUUAAUCUUUUCUCGCUGAAUUAAAUUAAAUAGUGAGGAUAUGUCAAUCUUAUAAACCUUAUAUCUCUUUUCUUCAUUUAUCUUAGUCAUACUGUAAACCGUUGAGUUCUUUUUUAAGUGAAGACAGCUUUAAUCCCGACAAGGAGUGUCAGAUCUGGUUCGAAACAGUUAUCUUAAGCUCAGCUAGUGUGAGUGUACGCUAGUGAAAAUAAACGAGUUCCCGCGGUCUUAACAAAGACCGCUAAACUAUUCCGAGCGGAUAACAAAAGCAACAAUCUUAAUAGGAGAGAGAGCCGCUGCUGACGGCCGGGGUCUCAACAAAGUAGUUACUCAACCCUCGGGUUUCUUUGAUUUCAUCGGGACUGGUGUCCGAAGAGACGGAAUUGAUCUAGCGAUAGAUUAGUUACCUGAACAGCGGUGAGACUCGGAACGAAUCCUCUCUCCGAACCGGCUUAAAUAAAUUCACGUAUCCCCUACAUACUGCGUUACAGCAGAGGGGUUCAAGUACAAAAUUUUACCCUUGAAACGGAGAGCCGGUCACUUACAUUUGAUAAGUGCACAAUUGACAGUACAUAUGACGAAAAUUACAGGCAUCUCUCAUCUUGUAGGUGAGAGAACUUGCACAAUUGGUGGCUGACUAAAUACUUUUUUGCCCCACUGUAUGUCCAGUCGGUGAAGCAAAACCCAAAUUAGAGAAACUAUAACACACGCUUCACUAUAACACACCGACCAGUAUCUCACAUACAACCAAGCCAUUUGUCCAAUAUAUGGCACGCCGAGAUCUAACCACUUCAAGCCUUUCUUUACCAGUUUGACAAUAAGCCAGCAGCAAAUUGAGGAUGUGCCAAUGCAACACAAUCAGACCGACACAAGAUGAAAUCUCAACUAUCUCCAAUUACCCACGCAUAGGUGAUCAGCAAGUGGCUGACCAGGCCUUGCGCUAACUGACCAGUGGUUUGGCAAUCCUAUUUACAAUGCACUCUAAUUAAUAUUGAACAAUUUCACACACCACCAGUGCCGCCGCAAAGUGGUUGGCAAAUACGGACAUUGAGAACAACCAAUCACACCAAGGCUCUCAGAAAUCAGCCAGACACCUGGUCGCUCAUUCCCUCGCCAGGCCACAUAGAGAACAACCAAUCAAACCAGGGCUCACAAAAUCACUACCCUGGCGUCCCAGGGCUCUGUACUUUUUUACACUUUGUUACACCCUUUGCCCAAUGGAUUAUCUAAAAAAUGUGCCCGAUAUCUUGGCUGGCUGAGGAUGAGUAGACGAGCAGUCCUUCUGUGUUACAUGCGCAGUCAGGCACCUGUCACAAGAACUGACACUUCUGGUACCAAUUCAGUACCAACAUGCAAAAACUAUGUCAAUACCGGCUUUUUGUGGUACCGUCAGAACCGAAUAUUUAACUUUUCACUCGGCGAUCUGUGUGGAUUCUUGCCGGAAAUGAAAGGGGCAGUAUACGCAUCAGUGCAGCACAGAGCAGUAGUCAGCGGUGCUGAAGAAGAAGAAAACUUUCGGUCUUUAAUAACAAUGGCUUCAGCAAGUGGGAGUGGAAGUCCAACACGUCGGCCUGUUGAGAAGCCAGGUCGCUCAAAGAGUCGUGUGUGGAAAUAUUUUGCAUUCGAGGAGAAUGCAACCGGAACAAUUAUAGAUUUGUCUGUUUACUAUCACUGUUGUGCCAUGUUACCUUAUAAAUACGUUAACCCGAAAAUGCCUACGUGCCGUCAUUUCAGCAUGAGUCAGCUGGGGCAACACGGUUACCAAACGUAUUUAAUGUCAGACAAAAUACGCAGACAAAAGCUCAAAUAUGCAAAAUUAAGUUUGGGCACAUUUUGAGGGUGUGUGCACAAGCCUUCUUAGGUAUAGCAGAUCAUCAUCAUCAGUUCUCUUGCUCAGCGACUGGGGUGCCACCAUGCGUAAAGCCAAUCAGUUUAGUUCGUCUUCACCAGUUGGUUCGGUCCAGUGCUAGGGGCUCAAGUUCAGCUAGCGAUAGGCCCAGGUGAUGUAGGUCCAUGGUGACGGCAUCGAUCCAUCGAGUGCGGGGGGCACCGCGAGGUAGUUUCCAGCCGGCAAUUUUUGGUUGGAAAUUGAGGAUAGCGCGAGUCGGGUAUUCAGGGGGGAGUCUUUUGACAUGGCCAUACCAGCGCAGCAGACGUUGUGCUGCCAGGUGGGAUGCUGGGGGUUGUUGGGUGCUUUCCCGCAGCACAGAGUUGGGGACUUUAUCUGUCCAUUUUAUCCCCUCUAUAGUGCGCAGUGCUCUGGUGUCAAAGCCAUCGAUUCUGGCAGCCUGGGUCUUGUUGAGAGGCCAGGUUUCUGCUCCGUAAAGGAGGAUGGACAAGACUGAGGAGUUAUAUAUCCUUAGUUUGGUCUCUCUUGAUAUGGAGUGAUGUCUCCACAGUGGUUUCCAAAGUGUUUUCAUGGUAGUGGCUGCCAGAGCACGUCUCCGAUUUAUUUCUGGUAGCAUGUUGCCGUUGCUGGUGAUUAUGGAGCCAAGGUAGGUAAAGGAUUUUACAAAAUGGACUUCUUCUCCAUUGAUAUGCAGCGGCGGAAGGGAUGGGCCUCCUAUGUGCACUAUAGCAGAUGGAUUAGUGAUUUUAAAAGUACAUGGAUUCUUUUGUUUUGUUACCGUGGUACCAAAUUAGUAUUGAGAAUCGUGGAAAAUCAUAGGUAUUGGUACCGACUACUGAAAUUCUGGUAUUGUGACAACCCUACUCACGAGCCAGCCGCAUGUUCCUUAAGCACCUAGUACGAUGGAGAGGGAAGAAUAGGAAGCAAGGCAGUUACUAUUCAUCAUGUGUCAUUAUUCAUCAUACUAUAUCAUGCAUUGCCGUGAAUCCCUUGAAAGACAAAAGUACAGAUUAUGCGUGAUGGAGUGCGCCUCAUACGCAUGUAGUGGCAUAAACAGUCACCGUGAAGGAACUGCUUCAAUCCUGCAUGUUACAGGUUCAAAUCUUUACAUCUUGCAGGCGUUUUUUUGGAUGUUGUGGCGCUAAUGACAACAGUAAUCGCACGUAGACGAUUUCAUCGACUUCCAUCUUUGCAACGAAACGAAGUGAUGUACGUCGUAAAGAUUUGUAGUUUUUUGUGAGGCACACUGCAAUACUCCUCAAAGUUUUUUUGUGCCAGUAAAUGCAAUACAGACGCUGCAAGGGCACGACAAUGGUACCAUUCAACUAGUUGUAAGUCAAUGUUUCAUCACAGGAAAUUUUAUGAAGGUCGAAAAGUUGUCUAGUCCUGCUUUAAAUGUGAAAUAAAAAUGCAUUCUCACUGCUUUCUGGACUCAAAUUGAGUAAAGUAGUUAUAAUCAUGCUACAGAUGGUGUCUAGUGUAGAUGUUCAAUUAUUUUACUGUUUUACUGUAUCAUGUUAAAUACAUACAAAGAGCUGGUAGCUGAAUGUCAGGAGCAGCUGGACACUGUACACAUUUUCUUCAUUCUUCAGGGGUAA